GUUGUGGAGACAGUGGUGUGACGCUCGGGCAAAUAUAGCUUGACUGAACUUCAAGUGGUGGAUGUUUUUAAGGUAUUAUUAAAUGUCAUUUUAAGUUUUCAUUGGCUUUUUUAGCUUCUUUGAAAUGAGGCAAUCCUUAUGUGUGCAAUUUGUGAAAUUUAGCCUGUGAAGUGAAGAAUUAAGUGAUCUGAAGUGCUGUUGUGUUGUGGUAAGAUGAGGUUGUGGUAUUAUCACUAGCCUCAGCAUCACGUGUUGGAGAAUCGAGAAUGGAGGAGUAAUAACUUUUGGAGGCGCCUUAUGGAUUUAUUCAUCUCCAGGAAGAUUGAAUUGUCAUUUAGGGUCCGAGAUGGCAGAGAACGGAGUUCGGGAUAAUGAUGGUUUGAAAAAAUCUGCUAUUGAGUGAAUGGACCCUCAGCCGCUGAAAAAGCACAAUUCCAUUCUCACGGCUUUUCUCUAAUUGAUGCCAGUGAAUUAUCUCACAAGAAGAAAAGAAGACAUUCUCAGCUAAUUUGAAAGGAUUGCAAGCACUUAUUCUACACUGGCCUUAUCUACAACGUGUUUAUCACCUGUGCUAGCAGGUCCUGCUGUGGCCGGUCCUUCUACAUGUGAUGUAGCAGGCCUAGCACAGGCACCCAAUGAUCCCCUCGAUGCUACUACUAUGGCCGAGUUUCAACAAGGCCGACAAGUGGUUGUAGAUCGCCUGAAACGUCGAAUAAGCCAGUACCGAACUGAGCACAACACUAUAGCUGCUCACAUUGAGGCUACUUUUCCGGCAGUUUACGACACUGAACAUAAGAGGACUCUGGCCUUGAAACAAAGGCACAUCGAAUCAAAAACCAAGAAGAAUUCAACUAAGAAAGAAAAGAAAUUAGACCAACCUCAAGCAAACAUGGGGCAAAGUAAAAUGUUGGCUCGUGGCCACGAAGCUACAAAUGACGACCCUCCUGAAAACCCAGCAAAGAAACCAAGACUCACAGGCCCUGCUCAUAUCAUAAACACGACCUCAACCUCAGGCUCUAGUAGCCUAAAUAGUAAUGUGGCAACUUUUGUGUCCAACAAUACUGCAUCAUCUUCAACUGGAAAUAAUUCUUCAAAUGGUCCCAAUGUAGACAUAACUGAAUUUCAAAUCGUGCAGCAACUGCAUGCUUUGAAAAGAAGUGAUUCACCCCUAGCCCAGGUACCUGCUGUGAAUAGCGUGGACAGCAGCUUUCCUGGUAAUCUUCUUCCUUCAAACUUCUUUGAAGAUGUUAAAAAGGAAGAGUUUGAUAUUGAAGAUCUCGAGUCCUUUGAAGAUGCGUUCCGUGACAUAGAUUUUGACUUGAUCCAAAGCGAAGACCUUGACAUGAGUGAUGUUCGCCCAGAAAACAGCAAUGCCUCUGGCUUUUCAUUAGGUAACGACUGUGAUCCCUUUAGUUUGGUUCUUGAGAACGGAGAGGCCACUAGUGUCAGCAGUGAUGGUGGAACUGUGGGUGUUUUGACAAACAGCAGCACCAGUCCCAGCAUGUUGCAGCAACUAUCUCAACAGCAGCAGGAACCUACUACCACAAUAAGAAUGCCACAAUCACAAACAAUGACUGCAACAAGCAAUCCACCAAGUUCCGUCCCAUCUCCUGCCUCCUUCCAACAGGGUUAUAGUAAUCCUCAGGCUUUGAGCCAAGCUUCACAGUUUCCCACAUCUUCUACAGUACAAACGUCUACGAGCUCUCCUGGUCCUUUUCAAAAUACUCCGUCGUCGAUGUCUAAAGUCCAUGUUGGAGGAAUACCUACUGUCAUGCCGGGCUUGCCUCCUCAAGCUGGUGACAGCCCUGCUGCAACCACUCUAAAAAAUAUGGCCCAAGUUCAUCAGAAGCAGCAAAUCGGCCCUGUCGUUGGACCAGGUCGUGCUCAAGGCUUCAAUGAUUUCGUACCUUUUUCUGUCACAAAUUCACAAGCUAUUAGGCAAAAUGUUCCUAAUCAUCCUAUGUAUGCCCAAGGAAUGAAUUCAAACAUGAAUUCCAUGUAUAACACACAGAAUCCAUCAUCAAUGAAUGAAAUGGACCUGAAGAAAAGACAGAUGUUACAUCAGCAGCAACAAAUGCAGAUACAGCUAAAUAAUUCUGGUAUGCAAAUGCAGCAACCUCAACAUGGUCAAGCUAACAUGCAUCCACAGCAAGCAAUCUCAAUAUCUACAGCUUCAAGUAUGCCGCAUCAUCUUCAACAGCAGCAGCAGCAGCAAUCGGCGCUAUCAAUACCCUCUAGUCAAAGUUCUCAAAUGUCGAAUAUAGGAGGUAGUAACUCUUCAGUCAUGGUUACUCAAACCACAACUCCGCACACUUUGCCAAAAGCACCCACCCCCUCGCAUAUGCUCCAAGGCCAAAUGAACCCACAAAUAGUUCCUCACCAGCAGCUUCCCCAGCAACAAACUGGCCUCCAGCCUCAACUUGGUAACGGAACUCAAGCUAAUGGCCCACAGCAAAAUCAAGCUCAUGCUCAGUCCAAUGUCGGCCCUGUUACAAAUACUAAUGGUAUGGUUAAUGUCUCCUCUGGCGACAUGAACUCCAUGCAACAACACCAUCAGAUGCCGCACAUGCAACAGAUGAUGUCAAUGCAACAAAGUGCUGCAGGAGGACCAGCUGCAAUGAUGGGCGGGAUGCAAGGAGGCUUCUCAAGAAUGUCACCCAUGGCGAGCUAUGGAGGCCAGCCUGGGGCAGGUGCCAUGGGGCAGUAUGGAGCCAUGCCCAUGAGAGGACCAAGUGGUGUGCGACCAGCCUAUCACCGACCAUCAUCACUCUCACCAGGAGCACAGAUGGUUCCGUCGAUGAGUGCGGAUGGCAAGAUGUCCCAAGAAAUGUAUUACCCUGCACAAUUUUCUGGCAUGGGCCAGUCCCAGCCUCCAAGGUACCCCAACCAAAUGAUGGGUCCGUCCAUGAUGCGUGCCAUGACUCCAGGUCAACACAGCUUAAUGAUGAGCCAAAAUGGCCAGAUGAUGACACGACCUCCACCUCCUGAAUACCGCCACGCUACUAAUAUCAUGCAGCAACAACAGCAGCAGAUGAUGGCCCAACCGAUGCCCCAGGCCAUGGGGCCAGGUAUGGGCCAGAUGGUUUAUGGCAACAUGAGGCCGGGGCUCCGACCUGGCAUGGCUGGAGGUAACAUGGUUAACUUGGGCAAUGGUACCCCCACGGGAGCUGUACCGUCGUCGAUGCUGGGUGCUGGAGGUCCUACAUCAAAUGCAAGUGGCAUGGUUCAGCAGCAGCAAAGUCUGCCUCCAAGUCUACCUUCCAUGAAACCAGGAGGGGCUGUAGGCACUGUUUCUUCAACUGCCCCCAGCACAAGUCUCGCGACGUCUCUUGCAAUGACAUCGAUGUGCCCAGCUUCUUCCAUGGCGUGCACCAUGACAUCAGCAGGCGGCAUGUCUGCCGUCCACUCCAACGUGGGCGGUCAAUGUUCGGUCGCGAGCCGCGCCGCCAUGAUGCAGCAACAUCAACGCUCCUGCCCCCCUAAUGUCAACGUCGGUCCAGGGGGCCUCGUACCCCAGAUGCAGUCAGGCCGACCCGAGUGGAGCAACAUGAUGAUGCAGCGCGGCCAGACUGGCAUGAUGAUGCGGCCAUCAGGGUAUCCCAGCCAUCCACAUCAUCAGCAGCAGCAAGCUGGCAUGAUGGGACAAAACUCUCAGAUGAUGGGCAUGGCAAGAAAUCCUUCUCAGAUGAUGCCAAUGAUGGCAGGGCCGGGCAUGUCUGCCAACAUGCAAGGCAAUAUGGCGGCGAUGCAGCCUGGUAUGGGAGGUCCCAUGGCACCUGGCAUGGCUGGUCCCAUGCAGCCCGGCAUGGCUGGCCCCAUGCAGCCCGGCAUGGCAUCUGGCAUGCAAGGCCCUGGAAUGAAUCCUACAUCCAGAAUAGCCGGCAUGCCAGGAGCUUUGGCUCCAGGGCAGGUGCGGAUGGGACUGCAAAUGAGCCAGAGCGGCGGCAUGGGCGGAGCGCAAGUCACAUCACAAUACCCCGCUCCAGGGACGCCAAUGGGCAGCAUGGCCCAGAUGCCGCUCCAAGGAGCAUCAGGCUCCAUGGUGCCACCGGGCCAGAUGCAGGGUGCCUCUGGUCCCCACAUGAUGGGUGCGGGGCCAGGAAGGAAUUCAGGCGUCGUAGGAGGCAUACCUAGUGCCAGAAGUCCUGCAGGAAUGGUACAAAUGAACGGAGGACAAAGUCAUCCCAUGAGUCCUGCCAACAUGGGUAACAUGGGUGGCUCAAGUCCUGCUAGCAUGGCUGGUAUGGGGAGUCAGGCCCAUAGCCCCGCCAGCAUGGGUGGUAUGAGUCACCCACGCUCCCCAGCCGCCAUGAUGCAACACCCGCGCUCCCCCGCGACCAUGGGAGGGCCUGGUAGACCCCUAAGUAACCCCAGCAUGGGUUACUCCGCCCCUGGAGGGACUACCCCCAAUAUGAUGAACGAUUUAGUCCCCACAACAAUUGGUUCUUCUCGCUCUAACCCUGCCACUUCUAUGGCUGGCGUCCCUAAUAAUAACUCCCUCAAUAAGUCGAGCACUCCUACUCCAUGUGCUAGUUUAGCCUCUAAUAAUAACAAUAAUAACGCCUCUAAUGGUCAGCAACAACAGCGACCUCCGAGUACCGGUAGGAUCUCUCAGCCACUCACUCCUAACCCUCCCUCAUGCAACUCUAACUCUACAUCCACCACCACCGCUAACUCUUCCUCCCACACGAACACUGCUAACGCCAACGCCAAUAAAAACAACCCUAGUAAUCCCCAGCAACAAAUAGAGCAUCUAGAUAUUAAUAGCUUUUUUAAUGCUCCGCAGGAUUUCGCGUCAUUAUUAGAAGAACAUAAUUAGAUCCCUCGUCCUAUAUAUCUAACGUAUGUAAAUAUAUCAUUAAAAUGAGUAGGAUAAGCAUUGUUAACAAUUCCGUAUUAUUGAGACACACAGUAUUGUAUUUGAGAAUAAUUUAGUGUGCGUCCAGGAAGUUGUAAGCAUAAGUCGCAUUCCUUCUCGUAAAGAUAAGCGAUUAUGGAGUUAAGGAACUGCCUAUUAUUAUUGGUGCGGUGUAAGUUGUUGAUAGUGUACAGCUCCUUGCGUUCUGCCAUUGAUUUGUGAAGCCAAUAGCGUAUAUUUUGUAAGUAAUAUUACUAUUAUUAUUACUGAUGCAAAAGUCGUGCGUACUCAUUGAUGUACAGUUUGCAUCCGUUAUUUAUUGAGCGCCAUUACUUAUCAGAGUCCGUAUUGAUAAUGAAGACGUCGUUGAGUGGCAAGCAGGCAGCCUGCUCGCCGUAACUCUCCUAAUAUAUUCACUUCACUAUGCAGCAUCACAAAGAGUUUAUGUCAAACUUAGGGAUUAAAAGAAAGUAUUGUCUCAUAUGAAGGAUUAAGAGAAAACGCCCUUAUAAGUAAACAAAUGGAUUAUUUGUAGUAUUAUUCAUAAUAGUGAAAUAAUUUGAUAAUCACACAGUAUUAUUGAUUCUUAAAGUUGUUUCGAAUUAGAUAAAUUAAAAUCAUUGGUUUAAAAUGAGUGGAUGCAGAUGUUGAAAUAGUAAGACUUGUAGUGUAGAGGUGGUUUUUCAAGUUUCCCUCUUUUACAGCUAUAGACUCCAUUGAUGAGAAAAGAAUAGCACACAAUCCCAUUAUACCAAAAUUAAUUUUAAAUUAACUAAUUGACAAAAUUAUUUAAUCUCAACUAA